AUGGACGCCUCACCCAGCAAAGUGCUGGCACAGUCUCCCUUGCAGUCGACUGAAUUGCAGCCGGAGCGGGUGAGAAAGGCCACACCGACUCUUCUUCCGGCCUUCGGCGAGGAUGGACCCUUCUCCUCAUCACCCUUCCCACGCCCAUCGCCCACCAAACGCAAGUUUGACCAGGACUCGCCAACCUUCCCCAAGCAGCUCAAGUACUACCCAACUCCACAGCCUACGUCGUCAACCAACAUCAUUUCGUCUUCGCCCCGCCAUGCCCGGCCGGGCCUGGAACGCACCUUCUCGGCUCUCUCCGAGCGGACCCCUCUUGGUGCUGUACCCACUGUAGACCUUCCAGCAGAUGGCGAAAUCCUGCGUAUGGGCCGCAGCUCAAACACAUCCGACUACCAACUUUCUACCAACCGCCUCAUCUCGCGUGUCCACGUGCAGGCCGCCUACCACGCGCCAAGCACACUAUACCCGCAGGGCUACAUCGAGGUCGAGUGCCUGGGUUGGAAUGGAGCAAAGAUUCACUGCAAGGGCCGCAUCUUUGAGCUGAGCAAGGGAGACACAUACAUGUCGGAGAACCCAGAGACGGCGAUUAUGUUGGAUGUACAGGACACCCGUGUCAUGAUCGCUUGGCCGUCUGUCCCCGCUUCUAAAAUGUCGUGGGAAUCGGAAGAAGAGGGCAUGCCCACUCCCACCCGUCGUCGUGCUCCCGAAAACUUCAACUCCAGCCCUCCUCUAGCUCCACGUUCGCCUGUAUCGCAGAGCCCUAUCCGUCGUCCCAACUUUGCCGCCAUCGGCACUAACAGCCAGCCCGGACAGGUCCAGGUAUUUGAGGAUGUUGAUGUCGGCCAACGUAGCCCUAGUAUCGACACUCCUAAUUCUGCAGACCAAACCUUUAUCCGGCCUUCCCUUCCAAACUCAAAGGCUGGGCGUGAUGCAGACGCUACUGUCGACCUUAAAGCAAAUGUCAAUUACGCUGCCGAUGAGUUUUCGGAUAAUGACGAAGAGAAUGACCCCGUUGUACACUCUUUCGGUCCGUUUGGUCAGAACCUUAUUAGCGGCCUCGAAUCGUUCAACGCAGUCACGCCGUUACAGCCCAGUAACCCACGGAUGCGUGCACCGUUAAUAUCGCCCUCUCCCAAACGUCGCUGUGCAGAGCCCAUCCGCUACAAGGAGUCUCCCAUUAGGAAUCACGUCAUCAAUCAGUUGGCAUUCUCUCGUAUUCAUUCUCAGCCUUUGUCCGCCAUUCACAGCAACCUUCCAGCCGAGUUGAAGGCUUGUAUCACAAAGAAUACUGAAGACAAGGACACAGAAGGUGGUGUAGUAACACCUCUACCUCAGCUAACGGCACAAGAUCUGAAGAAGAUCUUGGAUGAUACCCCCUGCGUCGGUGAAAUUCCUCGCGCUGGAAAGGACGCUGCCGGUCAGCCCCUCGAAAAUGAAUUCUACUACGUUCCCGAGAUGGAUACCAACCAGAUGAGGCGAGAAACUAUUACCGCCGGCACACGUAGCACUGGUCUACGAUCUGUCAGAAAGACACACAAGCAAUACUACUGGAAAAAGCCUCGCGCCUAA